CUCCCUCCCUCCGUGACUCAUUGAUCUACAACUGAGAUAUAAUUGUGGCCACUGCCCCUCUUCCCACCUAUUUAGACCUCUGGAUUCCCAAUUGCGCAGUCUCAUUCAACUCAUUAAAAACGGUUCGUUAUAGCAAAAAUGGGCAUCGAUCCAAAUACCCGUGGGCCAGAGACAGUUGAUGUCGGGCCCCCCAUCAAAUCCAUCCCGAACGAGGUAGCAGGCGCUCUAUCCUCUGCGGUUGCACGAGGGCAACGAACAGUGGUCAUGACUUGCGGAAUCUCGGGAUCGGGGAAAUCAACCCUGGCAAAGUCCAUAACUGAGGCGUUCCCCUCCUUCAUCCGCUUCUCUAUUGAUCAAUACAUGUUUGAGCACCACGGCAUCUACGGGAGAGACUUCCCACCAGAGUUGUAUGAGCCGUAUCAGGACGAAGCAGAGGCUGCUCUGAAGGGACAACUGAGACAAAUACUGACGACUGGUUCAAAUGACAUUGUGUUGGAUUACUCCUUCUGGUGUAGAAAGACAAGAGACGAGUAUCGGGCUAUUGUUGAUGCUGAGGGGGCAGGUCUCUAUCAGGUUAUCUUGGUCUCCUUCCGAGCAUCGGAAGAGACACUGUGGGAGCGAAUUGAGAAACGUGAGGCCGAACGCGUGAGACGAGAAACCGAGGGAAGCGCUCCUGACAGAGACCCGGGGUACAAAGUCUCGAGAGAUGUACUAAGGAGCUACGUCAACGGAUUUGAGUUUCCGCAGGACGAGGGAGAGAUUAUUGUGAUGGUUGAGUAGACUUCAAGAACCCUAUACCACUGGUAGUAUGUGUUAACCAAUCCAACACCUGACCGGUUUCCAACUUGUGGAUUCAUAUAGAAGCUCUCAGUUGCUGAUGCCUACGCUGAUUCCUGGCCGUUCUCUUAUCCUUUACGUGCACUUAGAGUUAAACAAUACCCGUCCAUGUUUAUAAUCC